CCCCAUUCCGACCACGGAAGAAUUCCUCUGCUUCCGCGAAACACAUCCACAUUGGUACUUUCCUUCAAAAUAUCUUCCAUCUUUGAGUGCAAUUUUGGAAUACCUAUUUCCAGAUUGAAAUUUCCCGAAAAUUUCGGUCACUUGUGAGAUUUUUGUAGACCCAACUGCGAAUUUAGUGAUAUCUAUCCCCUUCUAAUUAGACCUGAGCCCGUUCGUCGAUCAUCUCUGUUCUCUGUAUACUGAAGUACUAGACUGGGAGCGCGAAAGCUCCAUUGCCGUGUAGGCUGGGCUGGUGGGAUUGGGUGUGAGUAGAUGGUGCCAGUUCAGGACACCAGCAUGUCAAAUGGUUUUGCUUGUUAGUUUAAGUUUUUAUCCCAGUUUAGGAGUUCAGUCCUCAAGAAGUUUCCCAAGUUAGACCAUUUCAUACAGUCACUGGUUAGGCCCAGCGACCUAAUAAGUCAACAGAGACUCCCCAUUUUUCAAGUCUUCCCCGAACUAGUUUUUUAAUCUUCCAAACCCGUCUUCCACUUCAGUGAUUCAUCAUCGCUCACAACCCAUCUUUCUUGAGCCUGCCUAUAUGUUUGCUGAAACUACAACAGCAACACCCCACUCCAUCCAACUGAUCACGAAAUCUGUCUUCCGCCAGAAUGAAUACACAUCUUCUUCUGUUAUGCACCAUGUUCUUGGUCGUGAUGAUCAAUAGGACUCAAUCGCAAGGCAAUGAAGACUUGUACUUGAGUUGCAGCAACCUGUGCAACUGCAGGAACAUCCAAGACGUUGGCUUCCCCUUUUGGGGUGGGAACCCAUCCAGAAGCUGCGGCCACCCGGCGCUACAACUUGCUUGCGAGGAUAACGCUGCCAGUAUCACGAUGUACAAUGUCAAAUACAAGGUUCUCGAUUUCUACCCCAGCACCAAGGUCCUACAAAUUGUCCGGGAAGAUAUCUUCACAGAGAUCUGCCCCCCUAACUUCACUAACACCACUCUCGACCCUGCGCUCUUCAGCGAGAUCAACCACUACGACUACAUCAACUCCACGUUCCUCUACGAUGGUUCCAGCGAUUUCUCGUGCACCAGCAGUGACGUUUCUGUGGUAGUUGGGAAGGCCGUAGGGCCGGGAACUUGCUUUGGGAGCGUGGUUUCCUUCACCUCUUGGUCUAUAUUGCAUGAGGGGAAUACAACGAAGAUAUUGCAGCAAGGAUUCAAGGUCAAAUUUAAAGAUUCUGCGGUGUGUACAGGGUGUACUCAAUCAAAAGGUGCCUGCGGUUAUGACAUCUCAAAGAAUUCAACGGCUUGUUAUUGCCCAGAUGGAUCAUCGGGAUCAGCAACAUGUUCACCGCCUGCUGCCGGAGGGCCUCAAGGGCAGCCUGGUUCAAAAGGAUUCAACAAGCCGAGUAAAUUUUUCGCAGGUGGAGCUCUUGCUAUUAGUGUGUCAAUAUCUGCAAUUGCCAUCAUCUUCCUCCUCAAGAAUAAAAACGAAAUCUUCUCUGGGAAGGUUCUACUCUUCAAGAAUAGGAAAGAUCGCAAUAUUGAGAAAUUGAUGAGAAUCCAUGGAUCUCUUGUUCCAAGAAGAUACCAUUAUAUUGAUGUGAAGAAAAUGACAAACUCAUUUUCGGAGAAACUUGGUCAAGGAGGAUUUGGUGCGGUGUAUAAAGGGAAGAUCGGAGAUGGUAGUCUUGUGGCAGUGAAAAUUUUAAUAGAGUCAAAAAGUAGCUCAGAAGAAUUUAUCAAUGAAGUCGUGAGCAUUAGUAGAACUUCGCACAUUAAUGUGAUCUCUCUUUUAGGCUUUUGUUAUGAACGGAACAAAAGAGCUCUAAUAUUCAAGUACAUGCCCAAUGUUUCAUUGGAUAUGUUCAUAUCUUCUGGAAAAACUUUAAACAUGAGUAGAUGGAAGAUUCUAUAUAAAAUUGCGAUUGGCAUUGCUCGUGGGCUAGAGUAUAUGCACCGAGGCUGCAAUACAAGAAUCUUGCAUUUUGAUAUAAAACCUCAGAACAUCUUGCUUGAUCAAGAUUUUAUCCCCAAGAUUUCAGAUUUUGGCCUUGCUAAACUUUGUCAUGGGAAAGAUAGUGCUGUAUCAACUCUCGGCAUCGGAGGAACGGUUGGGUUUAUUGCACCGGAAGUUGUUUUUCGAAACUUGGGGAGAAUCUCUCACAAGUCCGAUGUUUACAGUUAUGGAAUGUUGGUUCUUGAAAUGAUAGGCUUUAGAAAUUCUAACAUCAAAGUUUCCAACAGCAGUGAUAUGUACUUUCCAGAAUGGAUUUAUAGAAACUUAGAGCAUGGCAAAGACUUGAAAUUGCCAAUGAAUGUGACAGAGGAGGAGGAAGUGCUAGUGAGGAUGAUGAUUAUUGUGAGUUUGUGGUGCAUUCAAACGGAUCCAUCUAAUCGACCUCCAAUUAUGAAGGUGACAGAAAUGUUGGAAGGAAGCUUUGAAUCACUGCAAAUGCCACCAAAGCCCAUCUUGUAUUCUCCAACACAACCACCAUCACAACAUUGGGAAAAGAUGACGUUAAAUUCCAAUGGGAGCGUCGAGGAUAGAAUACUAGAGAAUACAGAGGAAAGCAAUGAUACGUGAAGUGGUGAUGCUCGACUCAACUUCUUGAUGUAUUUGUCUUGUCUUUCUUUAGAUGGAAUAUGUUUUUCUUAAGAGUUACAAGGAAAGUGGAGAGAACAUUUAGGUGGAUUUCA